UUGGGAAGAGCAUAUUGGAGACGAAUCAGAAUGCCAUUCUGAGGGAAAGGCAUACCAAAAUGAGAACACACAGGUUUUAUCCAGUUUUGGCUUCGAAGAGAGGCAACUUUUUUAGUUCGAGUUCGCUUUCCCCAUCAGAAACGAUUAAGGACUUCUACGCAUGCAUCAACGACCGAAAGUUGAAACGCCUAGCCGAUUACAUUUCAGCAGACUGUCAUAUCGAAGAGUGCUCUUUCCCCACCCCAUUUGAAGGCAGAGAGGAGGUAUUAUGCUUUUUUGAUCAGCUUAUUGCGAGCAUGGGGGACAAUGUGAAGUUUAGGGUUAAACAAGUUUGUGAAGGAGAUGAGCUUAUAGCAGCUGCAAAGUGGCAUAUUGAAUGGAAAAAUGCUGAGAUCCCUUUCACAAGAGGCUGCAGCUUCUUUGAGUGCUCAAAAGAAGGAGGAAAACUCGUUAUAAAGAAAGCACAAAUUGUGAUCGAGUCACCAGUCAAACCAGGACGCCUAGUGCUGGUCCUGUUGAAGAUUGUCACAACAGUAUUUGAUGAUUUUCCGAAGACAACCGAAUGGUUCCUAAAGAGUCCUCACGUUAUACUACAAUGGCUACUAAAAAUUUACACCAUACUUUUCGGAAUAUUCAUCAACCCAGUUCUGCAAAGCUAUGUACCAGUUUGGAAGUUAACUGCUCGAGUAUAUAGUUACGUUUUCCACAUUGUGCUCUACAUUCUGAAGAUUUUCAUCAAGUAA